AUCAACAUAUCGAGUGCCGGGGUGUCUAGGCCUCUACCUUAUCAGUGCUCUAGACACACGUGUCGUCCCGGCACGCCGUAACAUUCGCGUCGACAUGAUUUAACCCUAAAAAGACUGCCGAAGAAACCAUUGUGCCAGGAACACCGGAGGAGGCCGAGGAGGUCAGUCAAGGUAGCUGACAGUCUCCACGCCACUCGAGCCUCACGUCAGAAUGGCUUCGACGCUGCUGCUGCUGGUCGGGGCGAUGACUACCGUCACCGCCGCCCCCCAGCACGCCCCACGCGUCCCUGGACAUGCCCUCCGAGUUCCCCAGCACGUCCCCAGACACCUGCCCCGUCAUGCCCACCGGUAUGCUCACUUGCACGCCUCCGAGCGCGCCCCCUGGCACGUCAACCGACACGUCUCUCAGCACGCCCCCCGAGCCUCCCUGGAGGACGUCCGCUUCCUGCUGUGGACCAGGAAAAACCCAGGUGACGACGCGUAUCAAACGGUGAAGGAAGGCGACCUCACCACCCUGGGUCAUUUCAACGGCAAUGACCCAACUGUGGUGGUGGUGCACGGCUUCGGCGACCACGGCAACGAGGGCUGGCCGGUGACAGGCAAGACAGAGCUGCUGAAGCUGGGCUCGUACAACGUGAUCUCGGUGGAGUGGAGCAAGCUGGCCGUGUCGCCCUGGUACCCGACAGCUGUGAAUUAUGUUCCAAAGGUGGGGAUCCUCACUGCACGCCUGCUGGACUGGCUGCACGAGGCGGCGGGGAUGCAGGCGGCGGGGGUGCAGGUCGUGGGACACUCCCUCGGGGCUCACGUGGCGGGCGCAGUUGGACAAAAUCUCAAAAACUUCCGCCUUCCUUUCAUCACAGGACUAGACCCUGCCGCCCCUGAGUUCAAUGAAGACCCGGAAUCGUCUCGCCUUGACAAGACCGACGCAGACUUCGUGCAGGUCAUCCACACCAAUGGCGGUGGUCUUCUUGACGGCUGCGUGGGACUCGCAUACAACAUCGGCCACGUGGACUUCUUCCCCAACGGCGGAAAGCACCAGCCGGGCUGCACCAUCGGAGGUAGCUGGAUAGACCUACUGACUGGCGGGUGCAGUCACGCCAAAUCACACAAGUACUGGAAAGAAAGCAUCAACGGCACGCCCACCUUCUUUUCUCGCCCCUGCAUCGAUUGGGACACUUACAUGAAGGGCACCUGUAAUACUUGUGGCCAGGGGUGCCUCGAGAUGGGCUUCCACGUGGACCGCAGGCUGGAGGGCACCUACUUCCUCGAAACCAACACGUACCCACCCUUCGCCAUGGGUGACGUCCUCCCCGCCCUAUGAGCCUCACUAUGGAGCUUGAAAGUGAAAUAUUUGAGUGUCUGACGCGCUGAUGUACUUGGCGAAGGAAGUGGAGCACACGGACGUAUCGGUGGGGCGCGGCGGCGGUAAUGUGAGGAGAGCGUGCUGUACUAUUUCACUGGUCAACAGGCAGAGUGAAAAGAUAAACAGCUAAGCCUUCCCGAAAUCGUUCCACUCCAGCACCAAGUAACACUGACCCAUGAGGCGUCAACGAGGCCAGUGUGGCGGCAAGUUUUAUUGUUAAUACAAGAGUGGUAGCGCUGAUUAGAGGCCAACACAGAAACUCAAUAAAAAAUAAAUGAAAGAAAACACAGAAACUCGAAUAAAAAAUAAAUGAAAGAAAACAUUAGUA